AUGAAAGUGCACAUCAAACACUGGAGUGCCGUUGCCCAAUGGCGCUGGAACACAGGUCACACCAACCAUGACCAAGACGAUGAAGGCGACGUCUGCGGGAUCUGUCGCGUCCCGUUUGAAGGGUGUUGUCCGUCCUGUAAGAUGCCGGGCGAUGAUUGUCCGUUGAUCUGGGGCGAAUGCAGCCACGUCUUCCACAUGCACUGCUUGCUAAAAUGGAUAGGGACAACUGCUUCGAAACAGCAAUGUCCCAUGGACAGACGAGCAUGGGUUACUGCCGAGCGGAAAGCGAACGAAUUGUCUUCGAGCUAG